AUGCGUACGGUCGAAGGGGAGUUGCUAUUCCUGCGCUGUGGCUCGAGCGAUGACGAUGAUGACGAUCUCGAGGACGAUGGCGGAGCGCGGGACGAUAACGGCGAGGUGGACGUGGCGUCAAGUAAGGUGCGACCCACAGUCUCGGGCACUGGCGUCGUAUCGGAUCCAGUCACUGGAGUAGUGGGAGCUGCUGCUGUGGUGUAUACGGAAGUUGAAGUUUCGGCUGAAGAUCGUACGACAGCGACGUACGUCCACCGCUGCAGGCUGGCCGCGCUCGAGUUGACCGUGUUCGAGGUCGAGAUCUCGUGUUCGUCUGGAGUGAUUCGUGCCUGUGGUCGAGGAGGGGGUGACACGCAACGACAACCUGUUCCUCCAGAUGAGCACCAGGAAACGCUUCUGGCUUGA